CGCAGUAGAGUGAGGGUGUGCGCGCGCGUGACCUCGAUGCUGAAUAACUGGUGAUCGCGUAGUGUAGGUAGUCUUGACGAAAGACUUCUGCUACUAGAGUACUUGAAGUUGAAAUGGUUCCAGUAUGAAGUGGAAUUUCCAAGCGAUCUUUUUAUCAUCUUCUUUUGGAUCUAAAGUCAAAAAAAUUCAUUUGUGUUGUGUGUCAUGCUAUAAAGCUAGCAGUUAAUAAUCACGUGGGUUCACGAACGUCUCGCAAAUUUCUGGACGUAAUAGAACUGAAUCUCGAGACGAGACGGACUCAAGACCUGCUCUUCGGAUCUGCUUAGUGUACUUGCGUCGCGUAAAAUUAAAAUAGCUGACCCAUACUUCAUUUAUGAUGGGAAUUCUCACGGUCCAGGAUCCCAAGGGAUGCAUGCAAUUUCUUUUAGUGGCGUUAUCUUGUAUAUGGCAAUGUGCUGCCUUCAACGUUGAUCUGCCUUCAAGAAUUCGACACACGAGCGACCAGCCCGAGUCAAUGUUCGGUUUCGCAGUCGCGCUGCACAGCGAUAGCAACGGAGUCAAACGUUUGCUUGUGGGAGCACCGAGCUACGAUACAUCCUUCAACCAAACAGGGGUGCACAGGGGCGGUGCUGUACUCAAGUGCUCAACUGAGCGACAGGAUUCCUGUGAAUACGUGCCCUUCGAUAUUCAUGGCAACCAGCUCUUCGAGAAUGUGGUCAACCUCACAGACGUGAAGUAUGGCUUUGAUGUGUCCAGUUCUUCUUCUAAUGGCAAUAACAGGCAUCCUAUAGGCGAGGUGUUGGAUGAGAAGAGUCGGCAGUGGUUCGGCGCAACGCUGUUCAGCACAAAAACGCGAGGCGGCACAGUUGUG